CCGCCUCUUCCGGUUACGUAACGCUUGCAAGAUGGCGGCGCCGUGGCGGUCCCUGCGCCUAGUGGCCCCCAUAUGGAAUAGAAGUACCAGGGGCAUCCAUCACCUGGGUGGGGCAGUGGACCCAGAGAGUAAUCAGAAGAGAAGGACAAUGCUCCAGCACCUGUCUGACUAUUUCUACGAUGUGGAGUUUCUGAGGGGUUAUCUUUUCCAAAAUGAGAUGGACAAGGUGCAUCAGAAAAAUCGAUCCUUCGCCCACCUGGAGGAGACAUACGGUCCAAACAACGCAGGUGCCUUUUUCAUCCUGAAGCAGGGAGGAGCAGUCAAGUUUCGAGACAAGGAGUGGAUCAGGCCAGAUAAGUAUGGCCAUUUCUCUCAGGAAUUCUGGAAUUUCUCAGAGGUGCCUGUCGAAGCUGUGGAUGCCAGUGGCUGUGCCAUCAACUACGAGGGCCUGGAAAACCUCCACCACCUGAAGGACCUCCAGUCCUUGCUGCUGCAGCGCUGCCCGCACGUGGAUGACUGGUGUCUCAGCCGCCUCUACCCACUGGCCGACUCGCUGCAGGAGCUCUCGCUGGCCGGUUGCCCCCACGUCUCCGAACGGGGCCUCGGCUGCCUCCAUCACCUCCAGAACCUCCGCUGGCUGGACAUCUCCGACCUCCCUUCCGUGUCUGACCCAGGCCUCACUCAGAUCUUGGUGGAGGAGAUGCUGCCCAACUGCAAUGUCGUGGGGGUCAACUUGGCUGAGGGCCUGGAAUUGGGGCCAGAGGAGCAGCCUCGGGACACGGACAGGCCCGUCCCUGCCUAGCCUUCAGCCCUGUCCCCAUUCAAGUGGCUUUUCAGCAGACUGCAUGGAAUGUCUGGUAGCUCACCACACUUCUGGCUUCUGUUUGUCUUCACUCAACAUGGGGGUUGGGGAGUGGCGCUGGCUGAUCACAGGGAAAGAGAGUGAGGUCACACUAUUUAUUCCUGGCUGCCCUUGGCUAACGGUCAUAGCUCCUGUGCUCCCGUCACCCUGUCAGGCAGCCCUUUUCAUGCCCCUUUUCGGGCCUGGGGACAUCAAGGCUCAGGCUGUCGGCAGCUGCAGGGAGCCACAUUCACCUUGUCGGGAGACUCUUCUCAAACUGUCUUCAUGUGAGUGCGCUGCCAUUUCUUCGAGGGACCCUGACUGAUACAGAGGCUACUGCUAACACUUUACAGGGAUGGUUCUCUCUCGUUGGGGGCGGAGGGGGGCGCUCUGCUCACGGCAGGACGUGCGUGCAGCAUCCUUGGCCCCACUCACUAAAGGCCAGCACAGCCCAGGCCCCACGGUAUUGCUGGUUGUGGAUUUACUGACCUUCAGUUCCACAUUCAGCUUUUUUUGGUCUGCUGUUUUUUGAAAGGGGGGAUCUGGGCCUUUGCAGGAUUUUCCCUUUGCCAGUGACAUAAGCUUUGUCAGCAGAGGGCGCCUAACAGGCAUUGGAGGAGGAAAGCCACUUCCCUCCUGGUUCCUGUUGGUUGUGCGCCUGCCUCUGGGUUCCGCAGUGCACGUGGCUUCCCCAGCACCCAGCUCUUGAGGUGUCAGGAGGUCAGCAGCUGCCCCCGGCACCCUCCAUCUCCCAGUAGUUGCAUAGGAGACACAGUGCCUCCAUUGAGGCACCUCUCUGGGAAUAACUUUCCCCAGCACCCCAGAUGGAUUUCCAGUCAAUUCAGAAGCAUUUUAUCAUUGAAGCCCUCAUUAUUCCAGUUCACUGUUAAAGCCAGUAAUUCUCUAUAUUAAAUGGUCCCUGUUUGAGUUAC